AACAUGUCAUUCAAAUAUGAAAGAAAAAUGUUCAUAUUCCGAGUAAUUCAGGUACAAUAGCGCGCGACGCAGGCUAAAAUUAUCCGGUUUAUUAAAUACACAAUGCUUAUUAAAUACGCGACGCCAUGUUUGUCCAGUGUUUCCACUAUGAUAAAAAUUCUUUCUUAUUUGCCUUGUGAUGAAUGAUGAUCAAACUACCUUCAAAGUGGAAACGUCAUUUGCGAGUUUGGACUUUGGCGAGAAUUUUUUGUUCAACCACAAAAAAAAUAAAAUGUCGAAGAAAGUAACUGACUUGGUUGGUUUGUUGGAUGGUUGGUUUGUUUGUACGAUUUUCAUUAUGCACUUGUUGUGAAAGAUUGCUAAACUCACUUGUUAGCUUCGCUCACUCGUUUGUUUGCAAUCUCUCACGACUCGUGCAUAAAAAUCGUACAUGCUCACCAACCAUGCAGUAAUGAGUAAUCUAGUAAUCUAAUGAUUUUAACCAUUAAAUAUUUUGUAUCCUAUGUUUUUGGCGGUCCGGUACAAUGACCGGUACGUUUUGUUUCGUGACAGGCACAAAUUCAUUGGUGCUGGUCAUUUUGACAGGCAGGCCCCAAAAAAUUAUUUCCAGGCUUGUUUCCACGGCAUUUUUUCAAAUUACUGUAAUAAAAAUUAAAUUUUAUUAGUGUUACUUUGGAUUGCUGUCUUUGCUGACAAGCUAGAAACAUGUUUACGUAUUUCUUUAGUCUUUUUCGUUCGAAGAAAACUCAGACUAAAAUAGUAAUUUACGGAUAAUAACAUAAACAAUAACAUAACAAUAAGUAUAACGUACAUAAGUAAAGCAUCAUUUGAUUAAUGAAUUCGGACUCAUAAAUUAGUACUAUUACUGUAGUGUACAUUGUCAUUCUGUUCAUGCAGCUGUAAAAAUUAAACUACUAGUAGCACAUUUAAAGUAUUGACAUUGUCACUUACAAGUAUAAAUGCAAAUGACAUCUAAAUCUAACAUGUUAACAGUUGUACUUUGUCUUUUUACUUAUUCUAUAUUAUUUGAUUGUUAAUUUGCGAUUUGCUAUAUUAUUCAAUUUGUUAAUUUUAAAAUUUCCAUGCGAGGGCACGCUCCCCUCCCCACGCGAUUUUUUAACUAUCAGUCACAGCCGGCUACUUUUUUGGUACAACCGCCUACUUUUUCGGUACAUUCUGAAACCCCUGACUCAAGUUGUAACUUGUAACCAGAUUGCAUGCAACAGUUUUAGGCAAAAGUUGUGUAGUGUAAAUCGGUCUUUUGAGGACAGACGCACAGAUGACUUAUUUCUGAUUGACACUCUGACUGCAGAGUUCGUCAGAGUUGCCCCAAAGUUUUUUGGGGGAAAGUGUGUUUAUAGUGCCCCUAGGAAAUGCUUGAUAUAAACAAUUUUCAAACUCAAAUCUGCCCAGAUCUCUAAAGUUCAUUGUGUUUAAUACCUAUUUGGUCUUGUUUGUACCCCAGACUGUCUCUUGAUGUGCCCUUGUAAACUGUUUUGUGCCCCCUGCCCCUACAUUUCUAGCUUUUGUGCCCCCGGGAAUUCAUUGAAAACUGCCCAACACUGCUGUGUGGCUGUGACAUUAACCAACUGAGUGGUGUCUCCCUCUCCUUGAAGAGUAAAAUUCUCUGGCAUUACACAUGGUAAAAUAAUGGGUCAUUCCAGAAAACAUCCAUACCUUCCCCACAGAAGAAAUUAGAAGUUAACCCCCUUACCCCUUCGUCCAAAUUAAUUGGUAUUAUCAGAAAUUUUUAAGAUUUUCUCCUCUCCUCGGAUACUGGAUAUUGUUUAUUUAAGGUUGAGGCCUUCUGUUCAGGUUAGGUUAGAAAUUAUGUAACAUGGUUUAAAAAGUACAAGUAUUUAUCAUAUUUUUACUUGAAAUGAUUGUAUUGGAUCUGGCAAUAUAGUUUCAAGAUUUUUCAAGCUUGCUUGCAAAUGUGAAAAACUUAGGGACCGGUCAUAAAGUAAUUACUAGAGGGGGGUGGAGGAUAAAUGAACUUUCAAGUACAUAUUUCCAUACCCUCCCAAAAACCUAUGGAAAAAUUUUCGUAACCCCCUUCAAUGUAAGUGAAAAUUUUCACUCUAUUCAAACAUUAACAGGUUCUAAUGGUGUGAGCUUGCUAGCAUUGUCAUUGACAAUUCAGAUGUAUCAGAUUUGUACUCCAAAAGGUCCACGGAUACUGAAUCCUACUUAUCAUCAGACAUUGAGUCAGACUGAGACUGAAACAUAUAUACUUUGUGUUGAUUCAAUAACAAUUAUAGUAAAACAAUUCUUUCCAAACUUAAAUCUGGGCACAAAUACAUUCAAUAUUCAACAAUAAUUAUAGAAUGUAAUUUUUCCGUACCUACAUGUAGUACUAAGAUUUUGGUACCCCCUAGAGAUUCUGGGGGGUUUUUCGUACCCCCCUGUACAUGUAAUUUACGACUGUUUUCACGACCACAUGUAAUUUACGACUGUUUUCACGAGAACCAAGGGUGGUCACAAAACUCUGGUUCUGCUGUAUAUAAUUAUAUAUUAAUAAAUAUAAUGUCUAUAUUUGUUACAUUUGCAGACCAUGGGGAAGUUUAUAAAAUCUGGUAGAGUUGUUCUCCUCCUCAAUGGACGAUACGCUGGGCGUAAGGCAGUAAUUGUGAAGAAUUUCGACGAGGCAACCUCGGACAAGCAUUACGGCCAUGCCUUGGUUGCUGGUAUUGAUAGAUAUCCACUGCGUGUAAACAAAAAAAUGGGCAAGAAACGAACAGCCAGACGAUGUAAGAUCAAGCCGUUUGUGAAAGUGGUAAAUUACAACCAUAUCAUGCCCACAAGGUAA